AUGACGCAGAACCCACCGAGGACCUCCAGCUACCUCAAGAACCACACGCCAGAUCCAGCGCCUCCCAUCGUGUCCGCAGUCGAUGUAGCCGCGACUACCGCCUCUACGAACACCGCGCAGCUCUCGCACAGUGCUCCACCGGCUCGUCACCCUGAAGCGCCGAAGCAAGCGACCGAUUUUUUAUCCGACAAGGCCACCGCAGCCUUCAUUCGCCGCACGCUCUGCGCCCAUCAUGUCUCAAACAGCACCCUCUUCAACGGAGAGAAGGCGGGAAGUACUCCGCGACCAAUCGAGGAGCUGCUGCCGCCCUUGACAAGCUCGAACGAAGUGGAUCUCCAGCUAUACGCCAUCAUUGCCGUGGUCCUGAAAGAAUUCGUCUAUACCUGGUAUACCAAGAUUACGCCGGACCACGUCUUUGUAGACGAGGUGAUCCAGAUCAUCGCGCAUUGCACGCGAGCACUGGAGCAGAGACUGAGGAAGGCGGACCUGGAAGCGCUGCUACUCGACGAGAUCCCUGGUUUGCUUGACAGUCAUGUCAAAGCAUAUCGCGUUUCACGACGCGCCACUGGAUACCAGUCGCUGGCCUCAGACCCUCGCGAGGUCUACCACACCCUCAAUCCGCAUCCCGCGCUCUCGCCUGUGCCGUAUGAAAACGACCCUUCCUGCAUGCUGGAGCAGGGGCAGAAUGAGGCGGCGUGGCGCCAGCUGCUCGUGCAAGGCGUACUAGCCGUCCUAUUACCGACCGAGGAUCUUGAAAAUGGGUGUCUACGGGCACUGGUAGCAGAGGUCUUCUCUGAGACGAUCCUUGGCAAUGGAAUCAGCGGCAAGGCUUGCGAAGGCUGGCUGAUAUGGGAGGCCAUUACGAAGGUUGCAGACGUAUUACGUCCUCGCAUACCCGUCGUCGAAGAAGUAGUGGAAAGCAAGCUAGAACCGGGGCUCAACCGACUGGAGAAGUUUGGUCUACUGUCGUCUUCCAACCAAACAACCGAGCCAGCGGAGUCAUAUGCUAUCAUCGCUCAUGAGCCGACGGCUAUUACGACCCUGUUAUGGCUUGUGGUCCAAUACACUAUUUUUGCGGUAACUGCGAUCCGCGCCGUCAUCCUGGCUAUUGCGACAUCCUCCUCGCUGCCCGCCAGAUCCAUGACAGGAUCGAAUCCUUGGUCACCAAUUGUCUCCGCACGCCAAUCCCCGCUGCUCAGAGCCGAAGCAACAACAGCUGAGACAGCAGCGCCCAAGCGACCGAUCCUCAGCAUGAGCGUCUGGUCGUGCGCAUCCCACCUUCUCGAGCUGGAGUCGCGCAUGCCCUGGCUCGCCGGCUUUGUGUCACUGCUCCACCACGGUGCACUGGUCGGGCCUGGGCAGGUGGGCCGAACAGACGGAAUGCUGGACAGGUAG